GACAGAGUAACAUCAGAACUCACUGAUGACACAGCAUUGGCAAUGACGUUAGCAUGUCACAACCGGCGUUACGUCGGUAUAUCUUGUGGCGUAUCUACGGCUGAAGCCCAAUUGAAGUUUGCAUUCUGCCAGUAGUGCGCCUCUGGCGGGAGGAGGCACGAGCAAGGUUUUAAAGUCCACAUAUUUGUCUACAGAAAAAUUACUCGGGUCGCAUUGUGGGUGUAUAUCAUGCCAUAUAUUUUUGGAAGUGCGCUUUUGAAGUUCUAUUGAAAGAAAGUAAUUGUUUCUGGUAAAAAUGGGAGAACCAUGGAAAAAAGAACGGGUGUCUCCUGUCAAAAACUUUUUUGCUGGAGGAGUCGGAGGAGUAUGUCUGAUUUUAGCUGGACACCCGUUGGACACUAUCAAGGUGCGUCUGCAGAUCCAACCGAAAGCUGCUCCCAGCCAGGCGGUGCUGUACUCUGGGACCAUCGACUGCUUCAGAAAGACUGUGGCCAGAGAGGGGCUCCGGGGUCUGUAUAAAGGAAUGGGGGCUCCUCUGGCAGGCGUCACCCCCAUGACAGCGAUCAGCUUCUUCGGUUUUGGACUGGGCAAGCGUCUCCAGCAGAGGGAGCCAACUGACACACUCACCUACCCGCAGGUCUUUGCUGCUGGCAUGCUGGCUGGUUUCUUAACAACAUUCAUCAUGGCGCCAGGAGAAAGAAUCAAGUGUCUGCUGCAGGUGCAGACUCACUCUGGCAUCCGGAAGUACUCAGGGCCGGUGGACUGUGCUACGCAGCUUUACAAAGAGAUGGGAGUCCGAGGAGUCUACAAGGGCACUGUGCUGACACUCAUGAGAGACGUCCCUACCUCUGGUGUUUACUUCAUGAGCUACGAAUGGCUGAAAAAUAUCCUGACCCCUGAAGGCCAAAGCGUGAGUGAGCUGAGUGUCCCCAGGAUCCUCUUCGCUGGGGGGAUGGCUGGUCUCUUUAACUGGGCUGUGGCACUACCCGUUGAUGUGCUGAAAUCCAACUUCCAAACAGCUCCUGAAGGGAAGUACUCUGGUUUCCGAGACGUCUUGAGAGAGCUGAUCAGAGAGGAGGGACUGGGUUCGCUCUACAAGGGCUUCAGUGCAGUGAUGCUGAGAGCAUUCCCAGCCAAUGCGGCUUGUUUUCUGGGAUUUGAGAUCACCAUGAAAUUCCUCAACUGGCUUGCACCGAAUGCAUAACUGCCAAGAUCAUGAGCCGCUGUCUCUGGGUCCCUCUGGAACAGAUCAUAAAGGAUGAGGCUCAGCUCAACAGGCUCAGGUCCUGGGGAACUCCUGCACGUGGUCAUGUGCUUCCUGAGGCAGGGUGUUAGUUUUAGGAAGCUGAUUAGGGACAUACACUGCCUGAACAAUUUAAUAGGACCUGAGUUGGGCCACCAUUUGGUACAGCCUUGUUACAGGGGCUGGAAGGGGCCUCGAAGGAUCCCUUCUGUGAUUUAUAUUGCACACAAUCAAUGCAGAGAUAAUUUAUAUUGCACAGAAUCAGUGGACACAGAAUUUUAUACCUGCGGACCAACAUGGAGGAGAGGGAUUGAGACGCGCUUUCAGACAAGUUCCAACCUAGCUGUACAGAACGAUUGUUUAUUUUAGCUGGAGAAAUCCUCACAUAUACAUUCCCAUUAAAGUGGUUGCAGCAACAGAACAGUUCCAGAAAUCUGCUUUGCACUUCCACAAGCUACACAGGUCUCAAAGGUGCCAUUAUGAAAGAAACAGGUUAAUGCAAACAUGUAUUCAUUUUAAAAUCAUGAGAGCUGGUAAUACAUCAGGUUAAAGAAAGGUCUUAGUUUCUGUGCCUCAGGAAAUAUGUUUGCACUGCCUACGUCAUAUUACAUCAGCAGUAUCUUCUUCAUCAAGGUAUGUUACUGGCUGAAAGAAUGUCAAUCAAUAGGGGAAGCAGCUAGUUGGUUAAUGACAGGAAAGUGGCUGUUUAAGGGGUGUGGACAAUUUCAACCUCUAACACUAUCUGAAAGCAUGGCUUGAAAACAUGUUUCUUUCAAAACGGCACUUAGAGAAAUAUAUAAAGAAUGAAAGUGGAACAUGUCAAAAUUAAUAUUUGUGGAAUACAUUUUGUUAGCUACAAUCCCUUUAAAAACACCUAAAGGACACAUACAACAUCUCAAAGCAAACAAGCUAUUUCAAUAUAGAUAACCCUUUGAUUCAAUGUAAGGUUUAAAUUUUUACAUGUAUUAUACAAUUACACCUCCUACUUGAAUUUGCCGUGUCUCAAAGCUAUUUUCAGCUGUUCAGUAAAUGAUGAUUUGUUGUGUUUUA